CCGAUUCACUCACUCUUUUCAGACACCGUCUUUCAGCUGAACUUCCAGAGCAAAUCCUGACUUGUCAGUCAUGUCCACUGGCAUCACCUCAGUACCAUCUUCUGCAACUAAAUCGCCAAAGAGAAGGUCCAAGGCUAAGAAGUCAGGACCCACCGUCUCUGAAUUGAUCCUCAAGUUUUUGUCAGCCUCAAAGCAGCGCGGUGGUGUCUCUCUGGUUGCUUUGAAGAAAGCACUUGCUGCCAGUGGUUAUGAUGUUGCAAGAAACAACUUUCGCAUCAAACUGACAGUGAAGAGGCUGUUGGCCAAAGGUGGCCUGACUCAGACCAAAGGCACUGGCGCAUCUGGAUCCUUUAAGAUCAGCACGAAAGCUGUUACGAAACCAAAGAAGCCAAAGGCGAAAAAGACAAAGAGAAAGAAUGCUGGAACCAAGAAAACUCCAAAGAAGAGAAGGAGAAAUGUAAAGAGUCCUGAACAAGCCAGCGAGACUGCGGUCAAGAAGACCAAAAGACCAAAGAGAGCCAAACGAAGAGCUGCCAAAAUAACCAAAGCGAAAACUGCGAAGAAAUAAAAAGAUAAUGACAGAUAUGACCUUUUGGACUCUCUAUUUGAUGCUUUGUAAAAUAAAAUAAAAUGUAUGGUCUAU